GUAUUAGUAUUAGUGAAAUUCUUCAGUAUCGAAAGCAGUUUUACGAAUCUAGUUAUGAUGUUCGUGUCAUCUGCGCCAAAGGAGACUCCAUCGAAGAAAUCGCUAGCAAAGUUCGGAAAAGUUUGACAGAAUUAAGUUUCGAUCAGGGAUUUACAAGCACAAGACAAGAACACUCUGACACUGGUGACAGUCCGGGAUUUUUACAAGUAGUGCUAGAGGGACUGGCGUCUGAUGGGGGACUGUAUGUACCGAAGAAAAAUAUACCACACCUUGGUGAAGGUCAGUGGGAAAGGCUUGUAGACUGUAGCUAUCAAGAAAGAGCUUUGCGAAUUCUAGAAACUUGGAUUUCACCAAGCGAACUUCAUCCAUCGAGUUUGCGCCAAAUGAUUUACAAAGCUUACUCCAGUAAUUUCCAGCACAAAGCAGUUGCCCCAGUUGUCAAACUUAACGACCAGUUCUAUCUACAAGAACUAUUCCAUGGUCCUACAGCUUCUUUUAAGGACAUGGCUUUGCAGCUGACACCGCAGUUUUUUAGCGAAGCUAUCGCUCGAACGUGUUCCUCAGAUGGAAAUCUUAAGCGUCUCAUACUCGUUGCUACAUCAGGGGACACAGGGAGUGCAGUACUUGAAGGCUUUAAAGAUAGCUCUGACACUGACGUCCUCAUUCUCUACCCGGAGGAAGGUGUUAGUUCGAUCCAAAAGGCGCAGAUGGUUUCGUGUGAUGGUCGAAACAUGCGCGUGAUCGGAGUGAAGAGCGACUUCGACUUCUGUCAAACUGCAAUUAAGACGAUCUUUAAUGAUAUGUUGUUUAGCAAGAAACUAGCAGAGUCGUAUGGUGUGCAACUGAGUGCGGCGAAUUCCAUAAACUGGGGAAGAUUAUUACCGCAAGUUGUUUAUCACGCCUCGGCAUAUUUGGAUCUUGUUCAAGCUGGAGUUAUCUCCAUGGGUGAGGAAGCAGAUUUGUGUGUACCAACAGGAAACUUUGGCAAUAUUCUGGCUGCCUACUAUGCGAAGGAAAUGGGAAUUCCUCUCAAGAACCUGAUCUGCGCCUCCAACGAAAAUAACAUCCUCACAGACUUUUUUCACUCUGGUUUGUACGACAUGAGUAAACGAAGGCUUCAACAGACCAUUUCUCCAUCUAUUGACAUUCUCAAAUCCUCCAACCUGGAAAGAUUACUUUAUCACGUUACUGGACGAGGUGUUCCUGGGUUGAUGAGAUCGUUGGAAGAAAAUAGGAAUUUCCAGAUUUCUGGUGAUCUAUGGAGUCACUUGUCAGGUGUAUUCAAAGCUGAUUGGACAACAGAACAGAGGUGUCUGGAUGUUAUUCGAUCCACAUAUGAACAUAAUAACUACAUCUUUGAUCCUCACACAGCAGUGGCCAAAGACGUAGCGGAUCGCUUUGCAAGUCCUCGUCGACCUCUCAUCAUCUCCUCAACUGCCCACUACAGCAAGUUUGCAUUUGAUGUUUUGAAAGGAUUGUCAAAAUUACCAGCAUCUCACGAUCCUUCGGACUUGUUUGGGAGUCUGAAAAAACUUGGCGCUAACCCUUCUGCGCAUGCCAAUCUUGAGACUGUUGUCAAGCGAGAUCAGAAGCAGAAUACCACAUGCUUAGCGGAAACUAGUGCUGUCAUGAAGGAAAUAGACAAUUUUGUUGUUCGGUGAUUUUGGAUCGGGAUAUUAACUGAAUGUUAUCGAUCCUAGCCCUUUGUAUUAUUACCGGGACAUUGUGUUGUGUUCUUAGGCAAGACACAUUACUCUCAUAGUGCCUCUCUUCACCCAGGUGUUUAAAUGAG